AAAAGAAUAUAUUUGUGUGCAGGAAUUGGUGACAAAAUCAUCAAGAAGGUCACCAUUGAUACUAAGAAUGGUGAUCUUGCUUUUCUCCAUGAUCUGUGGACUCUACAUUUUUUCCUUCUGUAUAGAUCAAACAAAUUUAUUCACACAAAUUAAUAUUAAUCCUCUUCGAAUCCAAACUAUUGAUCGACGAAAUCGCCCUUGUAGAAACAUUUCGAUACAAGAACAUGACAUCCCUUUUGUACAUUUUCCUAAUCCUCAUACUUUUAGCAGGCAGGAAUGCGCAUGCAAUCCGGUUAGAUAUUUUGCGAUAAUAUCGAUGCAGAGAUCAGGCAGUGGAUGGUUCGAGACAUUGCUUAAUAGUCAUAUGAAUCUGAGCUCAAACGGAGAAAUUUUCGGGCCAAGAAAUAGAAGAAAUAACGUGUCGGUAAUUUUCGAUACGUUGGAUAGAGUAUACAAUCUUGAUUGGUUAAGUAGUUCGGCCAAGAACGAAUGCUCGGCUGCUGUUGGCUUUAAAUGGAUGCUCAAUCAGGGGUUGAUGGAAUUUCAUGAAGAUAUAGUGGAUUACUUCAAUAAAAGAGGAGUUAAUGUGAUAUUUUUGUUCAGAAGAAAUAUACUAAGGAGAAUGGUUUCUUUGAUUGCUAAUGCAUAUGAUAAAGAUGCCAAAUUGCUCAAUGGGACACAUAAAUCACAUGUUCAUUCACCACAUGAGGCUCAAGUACUCGCAAAAUACAAGCCGGCUCUUAACGUAACGGUACUCGUAUCCCAUUUGAGGGGUACGGAGCAAAUGGUAGCAAGAGCGUUGGAACGUUUCAAAAGCACUCGACACAUUGUCCUUUACUACGAAGACAUAGUCACCAAUCAAACGGUGAGAUAAAAUUUUAUAUAUAUAGUUCUUGAUUAUGUCAAAAACUCGAGGCUAAUAAUUUUAUUACAGAAACUGGUGGAUGUGCAAGAAUUCUUGAAGUUGCCAAGAAGAAAUCUUACGAGCCUUCAGGUUAAGAUACACAGCGGGCCC